AUCAACGAUCAAUGAUUUGUCCAAAACCCCUCUUUCUCAUCUCUCUCUGACUCUCGCCAGUCAGAAGAGAAGAGCAAUGUGGCGCUCCAUUGAUCUUCACCUCAGAACCGUCCGCUUGCCCCUCCGUACUUACCUCCACGCUCAGCCCAACCCUAAUUCCCUGCUCCACCUUCCUUCUCCGAUCAGGCCUCGCUCCGAUACCCGGUCCUACAGCUCCCUGACCACCUCCGUCGUCUGCUCCGCUCCAUUUCCCGUCCUCGGCUUCUAUAAUGGCGGCCGUCAGGUAGCUAUUACUGGCAUUGGGAUGUGUCGCGGAGGCGGAGCUUUGGUGAUUGCGAGGUGCUUGUCCUCGCUGUCUUCUUCGCUGCCGCAGCAGCGGCAGCAGCCAAGUGGCGGUAUGAACUGGAGCGAGCCGGUGUUGUGCUCUGAGGUUGGAGAUGGUACCGUGGAAGCUGGUGAGGGAAAUGGUUCCGUGGAGGAGGAUGCCAGGCCGGCGAUUCCCGUUCGUGCUUUUUUCUUCUCUACUAGCUUCCUGCAAGUCUUUGCUGUUGCUGUAUGCAGUGUGGAUUUGAAGAGCUUAGUGGAACAAAACAAGCCGAACUUCAUCCCGCCUACAUCGCGUAUGACUAAUUAUGUUCUUCUCAAGUUUGGGGAUCUUUGCCCGACAAGUGGUUUGGGCACUUGCAUAGGAGGGAGUGAUUGCUGUUACAUGGUGGUCUUUCAAUAUGGAUCUAUCGUCUUGUUUAAUGCCCGUGAACAUGAAGUCGAUGCUUACUUGAAAAUUGUCAGAAAUCAUGCAUCGGGAGUGCUCCAUGAGAUGAGAAAGGAUGAGUAUGAGGUGAGAGAGAAGCCGAAUCUUGACACUUGGAUGCAAGCUGGACUUGAUCAUAUAAUGUUGCAGUUUCUGAACAUUGAUGGGAUUCGUACAAUUGGUAGUGUUCUUGGUCAAAGUAUUGCUCUUGACUACUAUGGACGCCAGGUCGAUGGAAUGGUUGCUGAAUUCACUGACAUCAAUCGUGGGAUGGAGAAAACCGGAACAUUUUCCAUGGAUAGCAAAAAGCUUUUCCAAUUAGUUGGCAAAGCAAAUUCUAAUCUUGCUGACAUUAUUCUGAAGCUGGGGCUUUUUGAGAGAUCCGACAUAGCAUGGAAAGAUGCAAAAUUCGGUCAGAUAUGGGAAUACCUCAGAGAUGAAUUUGAAUUAACUCAGAGGUUUGCAAGUCUUGAUUUCAAGUUGAAGUUUGUGGAGGUAACCCUCUGAGUCUCAUCAUUGAUUGCCAUUCAAUUAACCAAAUCAAAGUAGGCUCAUUAUAUUUCAUCUCUGAGGUACUCUCUUUCUUCUGUCUACUGCACAGCAUAAUAUCCGUUUCCUUCAGGAGAUUCUGCAGAACAGGAAAUCAGACUUCCUCGAAUGGCUCAUCAUUGUAUUAAUCAGUGUUGAAAUCAUUAUAUCUGUUUUCGACAUUUCGCACAGGUCAGGAUUCAAGUUGCUCUAGUCUAGAUAUUAUAAGUUUUAGCUCUAAGCUUCUUUGCCUAGAAGGUGAAGAAAGUAAACCCCUAGCUGAUUGAAAUAGGUGCCUCACUCGUUGUAUAUCUAUCUUGUACUUGUUGUAAAUAAUUGACAAUUUCGAGUCACUCUGGCAUAUGCUUCAGGCUGUUCUUGUGAUCUGCCGCU